UUUAAAUAGCAACCCCAUGAUUCUCGGUCUAUCAACCAAAAACUUAAACAAGAUCUGUACCGUUGAUUUGGUAUACCAGAUAAAAAAUCGAACGGUCCAAAUUCAUUGUCUUUGACUCUUUUAAUUCGCCGUCACUGGACAGAGAGAGAGAGAGAUAUCAUCGACAGAGAUCAACGAGGACAAGAAGCUUCUCAGAGAGAUCCGUGGAGGAGAAUUCUCUCAGGCGGAUCUGUUUGUCGGAGCUUUUGUGAAUCAUCAUCAUCAAUGGGUUUGUUGGAAGCUUUUCUCAAUUGGCUUCGUAGGUAAAGAGCCUUCCUUAAGAUUUCUUCUUCUUCUUCAAUUGAAAUCGUGUUGCAACCAAAUUACAUCACCGUUAUCAGCUCAAUAGUAUUUGAAUCGUGGUCUAGUUUCUUAUCGUGGGCUAGUUUUGACAAGGUUCUACAAAUAAAGGCAGAUUCUGUAUCUUUUAGUUUUUAAAAGAGCAAACUUUAGGCAUUUGGUGUGACCUUGUUUUCUUUUUAGAUUGCCAAUUUUAGCUAUGUGUAAGAAUGAUAGCAUCUUUAAUGUGGUUUAUGAAGAAACUAUCGGUGUAACAUCAAUCUAGUUGAAAAGAUGCGUUUUUUCAAGGCAUGUAGAACAGCCUCUUCUUCAAGCAAGAAAUGGAGCUUUCUUUGAUAGGACUUCAAAAUGCAGGAAAGACAUCACUUGUAAAUGUUGUUGCAACUGGUGGAUACAGUGAAGACAUGAUUCCUACGGUCGGGUUUAACAUGAGGAAAGUAACAAAAGGAAAUGUUACAAUCAAACUAUGGGAUCUUGGUGGUCAACCAAGAUUCCGCAGCAUGUGGGAACGUUACUGUCGCGCUGUUUCUGCCAUUGUGUAUGUAGUUGAUGCUGCAGAUCCUGACAACCUAAGUGUGUCGAAAAGUGAACUCCAUGAUUUGUUGAGCAAGACUUCGCUUAAUGGUAUCCCUCUUCUCGUUCUUGGGAACAAGAUUGACAAACCUGGAGCUCUGUCCAAAGAAGCCUUAACAGACGAAAUGGGACUUACAUCACUUACAGAUAGAGAAGUCUGCUGUUUCAUGAUAUCAUGCAAGAACUCUACCAACAUUGAUCAAGUCAUUGAUUGGCUCGUAAAGCAUUCAAAGUCGAAGAACUAAUCUUCACCAAGAACAUAUAUUCUCUCUUCUUGAUUCUUCUUAGUCUUCCUGUAUUGUCUAGUUGAUGAUGAUGGUGACAAUUUUUCGUGUGAAACAAGAGUGUCUUUAUUUUUCGCCUUCCGUCUCUCCUUCUUCUGCUGGUCUGGUCUUGUUUGGUCCUCCAGUCUUGUCUUUGUAUAUUAGAUGUGGAUUGUUUUUCUAUUCCCAAGGCUUUGCAAUUUUUGAAACACAAAAACAUAAGUGUCCCAAAAAAAAUUUUACUUCUGAAAAUCAACGGCGUUCUGUAGGAAGAGAAAUAAACUCUUAACUCUGGUUAUUGUAUAUCUGAAAUAGAAACUAGAUAUCGAACAAAUAUAAAGUAGCUAACAAAAAUAAAGUAGCUACUUGCCUCAACUAUCUA